ACCCUCCUUGGGGUCCAUGUGCCCGCCCCAGGCCCAGGCAGAGGUGGGCCCCACCAUGACUGAGAAGGUGGAGACGGUGUGUGCCCCGAGCCCAGCACCCACUCCGCCCCCCGAGCCAGCCUCGCCGGGACCCCCAAAGGUGGAGGAGGUGGGCCACACCGGGUCCUCACCACCUAGGCUGCCGCCUGGGGUGCCAGUGAUCAGCCUAGGCCACACGAGGCCACCAGGGGCAGGCAUGCCCACCACGGAGCUCAAUGUCCUGCGGCCCCCUCUGUUACAACUCUCAGCCCUGGGAACUACCCCACCACCCUUGGCCCUGCAUUACCACCCUCACCCCUUCCUCAACAGUCUCUACAUUGGGCCGGCAGGACCUUUCAGCAUCUUUCCCAACAGCCGGCUGAAACGGAGACCAAGUCAUCACUGUGAGCUGGACGUGGCUGAGGGUCACCAACCCCAAAAGGUGGCUCGGCGCGUGUUCACCAACAGCCGAGAGCGCUGGCGGCAGCAGAACGUGAACGGGGCCUUCGCUGAACUCAGGAAACUGCUGCCAACGCACCCGCCCGACCGGAAGCUGAGCAAGAACGAGGUGCUCCGCCUGGCCAUGAAGUACAUCGUGCCCCGGCAUAGCCGCCCCGCGAUGGUGGCCGCUGCGCGCGCGCGCUCGGGCUGGAAGGCGCAGAUGGAAGCCGACCACCCAGCCCUCAGCCACCCCGUUCCCGCAGGACGACGCGAGCGAAGUUGCCCCUCGCUUGCCCCAACUUGGUUAAGCAACGUUCGCCCCGUGCAGCCCCUGGCUGGGCUCGCCCCGGCCGCCCAGCUGGCCUGCAGCUUCGGACCUGGACCUCGGGCGCUCACGGUGCACAAGGACGCAGGACCCCCGGCUCCCGCAGGCUCCGUCGCACCUGCGCGCGGCCCGAUUGUCUUCCGAGGAAAGGGGCACGAGUGGCUGGGCCGGCCCUCCUCCCAUACCAGGGCAGCUCCCACGGGGAACCCCUACCCCCUUUUGUCUCAGUCCCGUCUGUUUUGUAUGUUUCUUUCUGCUUGGCUGCUGGUGCACAGCUCCACCCGAGACCCCUCGAGGGCUCUCCGAGAACUGGGCUGCUUCUGGGGGGCCUGCGAGGGCCCUGGGCCAGAGGAGAAGGGCUGA